ACUUGAUGUUGCAUCAGGUAGAAACAAUUGUCCCUCUGCACUCUUUUCUUAGCUUUGUUUGUCGACAUUCGGGGUUGCAGGGGGGGUGGGGAAGAUAGCAGCCGAUUAAUCUGCACUGCAGCAUCCCUCUCCCCUGCAUCCCCUCCCGUCCUCGCCGCUGCUCACCACUUCCACCUCCACUUCCACUCCGAUCUUGUGAAGAAUAUAUCAACAUGCACCGCCCUCAAUUGAGGUGAGCGUGUGUGGUUUUUGUCAUCUUUUGGACAAAAGGGUUCUUUCGCUUAGUCCCAGCAGUCUCGUCUGCUUUCCACUCAUUAUUCCUACUUUCUCCUCCUUGUUCUUAUAUCUAUAUAUACUGAACAUGGGGUUUUCAGCCUCCAUAGCGGGCCUUCCACGCCUUUUGGCUACCGCCUUCGUUCUGGCCUGCAUGCUUGCUCUCUUCUCACGCGAUGUUGACGCGUUAGGUUUGACUGAUACCAUCACUUGGGGUGGUGACAAUUCAAGAACUGGCUAUCAGAGGUUUGCAAUGACUCUUUCUUUUUCCUUGGUUCCUCAAAGCUUGAUGUGGAUAAACCCAAAGAGUACCAGUGACUCGGAGACUUUCCUCUUCUAUCCAAAUUUAUACGCGCUGCUAGAUACUUGUCCUUCUAUGAUUCAGUGGUGCCCUCGAACUUGUUUACCGAGUUGUACAGAGCUAACCCACACUCAGUAAUCAUAACAUGGAUCCUUCAAUCGUUGGGAGUCCGCAAUUUGGCCAACUAUUCAAGACCACCCUACCAGGAAGGUACAAUAAUGUCCCGGAACAGAUCUUCUCUCAGCCAUUGGUUUACACGACGCCCUCGGAUGGUGUACAGUAUUUGUACGUCGCUACCGCCCAGAACAACGUCUACAAAAUGAACGCAAAGACCGGAGAAAUUAUACUCAAGAGAAAUCUACACAUUCCCUUUCUGGCUGCAGAUCUGGAUGGUUGUGUGGAUAUCCAACCUCAUAUUGGCAUUACCGCGACAGGAGUGAUUGAUCCCGACACCAAUACCUUGUACCUGACGGCUAAAACAUACGUUAAUCAAAACGGUGGAAAUGGUGCUCAAGGAAAACCCGACGGACGUUAUUAUGUCCACGCAAUCAGCGUCGAUGAUCUUAGUGAACGGCCAAACUUCCCCGUAGAUUUGGAGGGUACCGUGGCGAGGAAUAGUCCCACGCGGAAUUUCAAUGGCGGUAUCCAUCACCAGCGACCCGCUCUCCUUCAUACUGGACAAUACAUAUAUGCGGGGUUUGCUUCUCACUGUGUUCAAUACAACUUUACGGGCUGGAUCAUGGGUUGGGACAAAACCACCGGCGCUACGGUAGAAAGAUGGUCAACGGAAGGCGAGGGUGUUCCCAACACGACGCCAGGUGGUGGUAUCUGGAUGUCAGGAGGAGGCAUCGCUUCAGAUGAUGCUGGAUCGAUAUUUUUCGGUACUGGAAACGGAUAUGCCUCCCAGCUUUCUACUAUCCCGGUUAAUGGACGCAACCCGCCGACUGCAAUCGAGCAGGCAGCUGUUCACAUGACGAUCAAUGAUGAUGGGAGUCUUACACUAGUAGAUUUUUUCAUGCCUUGGGAAAAACAACAACUGGAUGGUGCGGAUAAGGACUUGGGAACAACUCCUUUGGAAAUUCUACCAAGCGAGUUUUCUUGUGGCGAUGUCAAGCGCAUUGGGGUCAUUACAGGAAAAAGCGGAAAGACUUACUGGUUGAACCUUGAUGACUUGGGAGGAUACAAAAUUGGUCCUGAUAAACUCGAUAAUGUCAUCCAAGUAUACCAAAAUGAGAACUCAGUAUAUGCCGGUGCCGGUGUGUAUCCUUUGGAAGGUGGCUACAUCUACAUCAAUGGUACUCCUCCCUUCCCGCUUUCGCAUUUCAUUCUGCUUGGAGUAACCAUGCUGACCUUGAAAUAUCUAGUCAUUCAAUUUCCUACUCAUGUUUUCAAGUUUGCUUGCAAUGCUGGUAUUCCUUCUUUCACCAAGGUCGCCGAUAGUCCUAGUAAAAAUGCAUAUGUUUUGGGUGUGGGACAUGGUACUGUCACUUCUCUCAAUGGACAAAUUGGAACAGGUCUUGUAUGGACAAGUGAUGUUCAGGGCUUUAACUUGCAAAUCUACAAAGCCGUACCAGAAAAUGGUCUAUUGACUCAAAUAAAUCAGUUCAACAUACCUGGAACGACAAAAUUUACUCGGCCUGUGUUUGGAGACGGAAGAGCCUACGUUGGCACUACCCUAGGCUUCAUAUAUGGAUUCGGUUCUCCCGUCAACUUACCUCUAAAUUGUUCGUCGCCGUAUGAUUUCGGUAUUGCCAAUCUCAAUAAUGCCACGAUUGCAAAGAAAAUUACCUGUACCGCUCUUUCUCAAGUCACAAUCAGUAAUGCUACUUUGACAGGAGAUGCAAACUUUGUUAUAUCAAACAUGCCCUCCAUACCAGCGACCAUAGAAACUGGCGGAACUUUCAGUUUUGAUGCUGUAUUCAACCCAAAAGCAGUGGGGCCAUUAUCAUCAGACGUCAUCCUAAGCACGACUAAUAAUGUUGCUGGGUUCAGUACCAGUACGCCUGUCAGCUUUCGUGGUACCGGUCAGAGUGUGAACGCUUUACUUCAAGUCAGUCCACUCACUUUAGCAUUCCAGGCCGUGAUUGCUGGAAAUCAAGUGGGAGGCGUCAACCAGUCUGUUCUUUUCAACAACCUAGGAAACUCCCCACUGUCGAUUCCUGAGAUAAAAUACUCCAUCAAAAGUGAGGAUGGUCCAUUUAUUCCUGCAAAUGGAACUGCAGCAGAGCCCGAAGCUGGCUCGUUCAAAUUCAUGGGCCUUCCCUCUACGAUACCAGGAAACUCAGGUGUCACAGUCCAGGUAAACUUCGACACCUCAGUUACGGGAAACUUCGCGGCCUACCUAAACGUUGUAUCAAACGGUGGAACCAAGAUUUUUGAUGUUCUUGGCACAGCUGGAUCAGCUCCCGUGGCUCUGGUCGAAUUUCAAACUCCUGAUGGAAAUGACUGGGUGAAAUAUGAAAAGGGGUCUAAUUUCACAUUUGGAAACGUUACUGAGAAUACCACACGGCAGCUCAAACUGCGUGUUACUAACAAUGCCACCACUGAUGGUGCCAGUCUCUCAAUCACUGUCUCCAAACCUCCAUUUGGUAUCCCUGGAAUUAUUGGAGCCAACAACCAAAUCGAUCUCGCCGAGGGCACUAUUCUCAAGCCAGGGGAAAAUGCUACAGCAACUCUCUACUGCUCGGUGCCCAAAUCACAAUGGAACAUGGAUCCUUACGUUGGAGAUGCUCACUGGACUAUGAACGUCAAUGAUCUAGAGUUUAGUAAACAAGACAUUCCGUUCACUUGUGGUGCCGUCUCAGAGCAAGCGGCCCCUCUUCAAUCUAAUGGCCUCGGUUACUAUCGUUAUACCGGGUGUUUCAAGGAAGACAAUCCAGGAAGGCAGCUCAAGUCUCAGCUUUACAGCAACGUCAAUAAUACCCAGGCAAUGUGUAUCGCCGCAUGUGCUGCGGCAGGACAAACAUUCUGUGGAACACAAUAUAAUCGAGAAUGCUGGACGGGACCUACAAUUCCUAAUUUGAAAGUUGAAGAUGGCAAUUGCAACUUUCCUUGUGCUGGAGAUGUGAAUCAGAUCUGCGGAGGUGAUGGACUUGAUGGCACCGGGAGUUAUAUUUCGCUGUUCGCAGAUAUGAGAUCCUUCGACGGAAACACGACCAUUCCAAUUCCAACACCAACGACUUCUAGCUCUCCCGCUCCGACUGCUACCGGUGGUCCUCAAAUUAGACAGAUCGUUGGCAACUAUGUAUUCCAAGGUUGCUAUAACGAAUUAACCGUAGGGGGUCGAGCUUUAUCUAAGUCAACCUAUACCAAUGAUUCUAUGACUUUGGAACUAUGUUCAAGUUUCUGCUCUGAAGCUGCGUAUUUUGGCGUAGAGUACGGACGUGAAUGUUACGUAAGUCACUCCUGAUACACAAACAUACUCGUGUCAAGGAAACAAAGCUAAUUUCAAUAUAGUGUGGAAAUACUAUUGCUACAGGAAGUACAAAAGUUGCCAAUCAAGCUGAUUGUGACUUCCUCUGCCCUGGUGAUAAGACUACAUACUGUGGUGCUUCAAGUCGCCUCCAAUUAUAUGCUCUGAAUGUGACAGGUAUCUCAUCGACGGUCACCUCGAGUACUCUGGCGACCUCGUCGACUUCCCUUUCUGCUACAAGCACUUUUAGCACAUCUGUAUCGGUGUCUGCGAGCAGUAGUAGCUCGACAGUGGCUAUUUCCACCUCGCUAACGAGCUCAUCAUCGACGCCUCCCUUGACAGGUCCUACCAGCACGACAAUACCGAUCUCAACGAGCAGCAGUAGUUCAGCAAACCAAACCCCAGGUUCUUCAACCUCUGUGCCAACUUCUCCAAUUACAACAACCUCAACAAGCUUGUCUUCAUCUCGAUUUUCCACUACAUCGUCAGCUGCACCAACUGGCCCGACAAUCAUUCCGUCCGCGGGGCUUUACAACUACAUUGGGUGUUAUACUGAGGGGACUCAUGUUCGUGCCCUUGGUGGAGCAUCAUUUCCCAAUGAUACUCAGACAGUUCCCGGCUGUGCAGCAUCAUGUUCUAAGUUCAAGUAUUUCGGAAUGGAAUACUCACGCGAGUAAGCACCUAUUGGCCCCCCUGCUAUUGUUGGAGAAGCACUGUACUGACCGUGGUAAUUAGAUGCUGGUGUGGAAAUAGCUUUGGUCUCGGCGCUCUCCUUGUCAAAGACAGCGAGUGCAGCAUGACCUGCGCUGGUGAUAAGAGCUCUCAUUGCGGAGCCUCGAACAGACUGAAUGUUUACUUCAAAAACGACACAGCUUCUAGUGCUUCAUCCGUGACCAGCCUCACUUCAUCCUCUUCGGCCAGCUCAACAUUAUUCACCUCGACUAGUCUGACCAGUACAAGUGUCACAAGCUCAGCAAGCACUUCUCCAUCCACCAUAUCAAGUUCGUCAACUUCCACAAAAGUCCCAUCCUCAACAUCCGCCCUCCCUUCAGCACCCAAACCAACAGGACCCCUUGUCUCCUUAGGAAACUCAAACUUCACAUACUACUCCUGCGUCUCGGAGCCAUCCUCCGGGAGACUCCUCCAAAGCCAAGUCCUCAACAAUAGAACCGCAAUGACCAUCCCUCUCUGUCUCUCCGUCUGCUCCAACUACAAAUACGCAGGCGUGGAAUACGGGCGCGAAUGCUGGUGUGCGAAUAAGCUGAAUUUGGUUGGAAACACUGGAGCCACGCCGGCGAAGAAUGUAACGGAUGAUCAGUGUAACUUCGCGUGCCCUGGGAAUGCGACGGAGGCUUGUGGGGCGAGUAGCAGGAUGAGUUUGUUUUGGUUUGAUGAGCUGAAGGCGAAGGGGAAUGGGAACAGUGCGCCCGUCGGGUUGGUUGAUGAGUAGGGGAGGGAGAUUGUAUAUGAUGAGGGGUUGAUUUGUACAUAUGAAUGAAUUAAUGGGGCACGGGUAGAUGUGUUUAUUAUCAAAGGGAAGGGGAGUUGAACAAGGCAAUAAAAUGGGAGGGCGGUAAGAUAUACAUCUGGGUUUGUUAGAUUUUAGUUAAUGUAAUUGAGUGAGCAAAAGAGUUCC